UAUCCAUUUUUUUGGUUUAAAUCUGCGAACAGAACAAGAAGAAAAGCUCUCUCCAUUUCGCAUUUCGGUAUCUGCAGCGUGGACUUUUCGCUGAAAGCUUUCAGAUCCUCUGCACAACACAACGCUCCAGAAGAAACCGCUUAGCUUUCAGAGCACACAUAUUUCAGGCACGAAAAAGGAAGAAGAAGAAGAAGAGGUAUUUGGUGUAUGUAAGAGUCAGAAGCUAGCGGAAUUAAUGGCGGAGAAUCACGCGGGACGAGCGUCGAAGUCGUCGUCGUUGAGGUUGGCUUCGGCGCGGCCGAGUAUUACCUUGCCGCCGCCGAGUCCAAUAUUCACCGGCGGAGUGAGUCCAGGGCCGAUGACUCUCGUAUCGAGUUUGUUCGGCGAGAAUGAUCAGGAUUCUGAGUGCCGCUCAUUCUCUCAGCUGCUGGCCGGUGCCAUGGAUUCUCCCGGAGCUCGGCAGCAACCGCCGGCGAGGAGAGUGGAUCCUAAUUCAAAGGAGGAGGAAGUUUUCAGGCAUAACGGCUCGGCAAUAACUCAACCGUCAAUGUUUACCAUACCGCCGGGUUUAAGUCCUGCCAGUUUGCUGGAUUCUCCCGGCCAGGGCCAUUUUGGAAUAUCUCAUCACCAAGCCCUUGCUCAGCUCACAGCUCAACCUUGCAUUCAAUCUGACCACCCAUCUUCAUCUUUGCCUCCUGCACCCCAGUUUUUUCAGCUUCAGAUGCCUCUUCCUGGUAGAGAUCAUAACAGCAUUAAAGAAUCAUCUUCUAAUGUUUCACAUUCUGAUAAUGUAUCAGAACCUUGUUCUUUUCCUGUUGACAAGCCUGCUGAUGAUGGUUACAACUGGAGAAAGUAUGGGCAGAAGCCAAUCAAGGGGGGCGAGUUUCCCAGGAGUUAUUACAAGUGUACUCAUCCAAAUUGUCCGGUGAAGAAGAAGGUUGAGCGUUCUCUUGAUGGUCAGAUAACCGAGAUUAUAUACAAGGGCAAGCACAAUCAUCAGCCACCUCAACCCCGAAAGGGGGCGAAGGAUACUGGAAAUCAAAAUGGCCUUCAAGGCAGCUCUGAACUGAAUCUGAUGGAUGGAGUUCCCUUUCAAUCAUUACCAAUGAAGGACCAAGAAUCUAGCCUGGCUACUCAAGAACACAUGUCUGGAUCUAGUGAAAGCGAAAAGGUGAGUGAUGCAGAAGCUAGGAUGGAUGGAAGGGAAGAUGAUGAUGAACGUGAAUCAAAGCGUAGGGCCACAGAAGGGCAGAUCCCCGAGCCAGUAACAUCACAUCGGACAGUGACAGAACCAAAGAUCGUCGUUCAGACUACUAGUGAAGUUGAUCUUUUAGAGGAUGGAUAUAGGUGGAGAAAAUAUGGCCAGAAAGUUGUUAAAGGGAACCCUUUUCCAAGGAGCUACUAUAAAUGUACCACUGCUGGAUGCAAUGUGCGAAAGCACGUCGAAAGGCUUGCAAGUGAUCCAAAAGCUGUCAUAACAACAUACGAGGGUAAGCAUAACCACGAUGUACCAGCAGCUAGGAAUAGCAGCCACAACACAGCCAAUAACGCCCCCGCGUUACAGCUGAGGCAGCACAACCCUGCACUUGAUAAUCAGGCUGCACUCCUGCAAUUCAAGGAAGAACAAAUUACAUGAUACCUGUGGAGGCUGCAAAUUGAACAAAGUGAAGUAUUUUACCAUUUAAUCAAAGUCAAAGAUGGAAGUCCUUUUGGGAUAGAUACUUUUGUCAUGAUAUACAGACAGGUUUUAAUUUAUUCAGCUAUAAAUUAUAGAGGGGUGGGGGUGAAAUGCAUACAUUGAUCAAUACAAACAGAGUAGUUUAGGGAGGCUGGAUUGAAUGGAAAGAGUUGUGAAUCCUCUCAAGAUAUGCAAUUUGCAAUGCUGUUCUAUAUAUAUAUAUGCAUUCUUUCUGUAAAUAUCAGAUUUGAAAAUGUAAAUAUUCUGUUUUGAGUGACGAAAGAAACUCACAAUAA